UCCCGGCGGCGGGCAUCCCCCUACAGCCCCCCACCCUUCCCCACCUCUCCCCCGGCCCGGGGCAGCGGGGCAGCCCUCGGGCGGGCAGCGGCGGCCCCCCAGCGGGAGGGCGUGUGCGCGGCGGAGGCGGUGCUUGUCGCGGGCAGGGGGCGGUGUGGCGGAGCCUGCGCAGCUGCCGGCGCCCUUUAAGCCGCGCCGCCCGCUUGAGUGUCGGUGCAGCCUGGGAGCCGAGGGGGUCGGAGCUGUUACCAGUACUGCCGGGGACGCGCCUUCUUCCUCCGGUCACCUCUCUCUCCGGCAUCGCUGCUGUCCCUUCCUUCUCAUCCCCACACUCUGCCCCGUCGCAUCCCUGCUCUUCCUGUCACAGGCAGCUCUAAGAUGCCCCGCUAUGAACUGGCUUUGAUCCUGAAAGCCAUGCAGAGGGGUUGGUACAGUAGGCCUCACUAAACUUAGCUGCAACUAAGAAUUUCUCCUACAUCAACUGAGUUAAGGCUGAUGCUCUUGUGGAAUGUGGAUUAAAAGUGCGUGCUAAGUUCCAAAUUUCCAUUUGAGAAGCGGAGAGAGUAAAUGUACCACAACCACCAGCAUCAGGACAGCAAACCAAGGGACAAAGAAUUUGAUCCACAGUGUUGAUAUAUGUUAACUGGUUCACGUGUUGCUUAAAAGACUUUUGCUGGGGGGCGAGAAGUGGACGUCAGCUGUGCGAAGUCACUGUGUUUACAAAAAUGAGGGCUUCUUUGGAAACAGCAGACAUUGCCAUUGUGGCACUGUACUUCGUGCUUGUAAUGUGCAUAGGUUUUUUUGCCAUGUGGAAAUACAAUCGGAGCACCGUAAGUGGCUACUUUUUGGCAGGGCGCUCUAUGACCUGGGUAGCUAUUGGUGCAUCUUUAUUUGUGAGCAAUAUUGGAAGUGAACAUUUCAUUGGGCUCGCAGGAUCUGGAGCGGCGAGUGGAUUUGCAGUAGGUGCAUGGGAGUUCAACGCCUUAAUGCUUUUGCAGCUUUUAGGAUGGGUCUUCGUCCCUGUCUACAUCCGGUCGGGAGUAUACACCAUGCCUGAAUACUUGUCCAAACGUUUUGGAGGGCAUAGAAUUCAAAUAUAUUUUGCAGCAUUGUCUCUAAUUCUUUAUAUCUUCACCAAACUCUCAGUUGAUUUGUAUUCAGGGGCACUUUUUAUUCAAGAAUCGCUAGGCUGGAACCUCUAUUUGUCAGUUAUCCUCCUUAUUGGAAUGACUGCACUGUUGACUGUGACUGGAGGUCUUGUGGCUGUCAUCUACACAGACACCCUUCAAGCUCUGCUUAUGAUUAUUGGUGCCCUCACACUUAUGAUCAUAAGUAUUAUGGAGGUUGGUGGGUUUGAAGAAGUUAAAAGAAGGUACAUGUUAGCGACGCCAAAUGUUACGGCCAUCUCGUUAGCCUACAACAUUUCCAAUACCAGUUCCUGCAAUGUCAACCCAAAGCCUGACGCUCUUAAAAUGUUGCGUGAGCCAACAGAUGAAGAUAUUCCCUGGCCUGGAUUUCUCUUGGGGCAGACCCCAGCUUCUGUUUGGUAUUGGUGUGCUGAUCAAGUCAUAGUUCAGAGAGUUUUAGCUGCAAAAAACAUUGCUCAUGCCAAAGGAUCCACUCUGAUGGCAGGCUUCUUAAAGUUGCUGCCGAUGUUUAUUAUAGUCGUCCCAGGGAUGAUUUCACGAAUACUGUUUGCAGAUGAUAUUGCCUGCAUUAACCCAGAACACUGUUUUCAAGUCUGCGGGAGCAGAGCUGGAUGCUCUAACAUUGCCUACCCACGUUUGGUGAUGAAACUUGUGCCGGUCGGUCUGCGGGGACUGAUGAUGGCGGUGAUGAUCGCCGCGCUGAUGAGUGACUUGGACUCGAUAUUCAACAGUGCCAGCACCAUAUUCACACUUGAUGUCUACAAGCUCAUUCGGAAGAGCGCCACGUCUAGAGAACUGAUGAUUGUAGGAAGAGUCUUUGUUGCGUUCAUGGUAGUUAUAAGCAUUGCCUGGGUCCCGAUAAUCGUAGAAAUGCAAGGCGGUCAGAUGUACCUUUAUAUUCAAGAGGUAGCGGACUAUUUGACCCCGCCAGUGGCUGCUCUGUUUCUUAUGGGGAUCUUUUGGAAACGUUGCAACGAGCAGGGAGCUUUCUAUGGUGGCAUGGCCGGGUUUAUUCUUGGAGCAAUCCGGUUGAUACUGGCAUUUAUCUAUCGUGCUCCGGAGUGUGACCAGCCGGAUACUAGGCCAAGCUUUAUCAAAAACAUCCACUACAUGUAUGUUGCAACAUUUCUGUUCUGGGUCACUGGGAUCGUGACAUUUGUAGUAAGCCUCCUCACGCCUCCGCCUACGAAGGAGCAGGUUCGGACCACCACUUUCUGGGCUGUGAAAAACAGGAAAGUGAAAGAGAACACCGCAAAGGGGGAGAUAUACAAAGUGCAAGAGAAGAGCAUCCUCAAGUGCAAUGAGAACGCUAACCAUAUCAUUCCAAAUGGCAAAUCAGAAGAAAAUAUAAAAAAUCUUAAGCCGGAGGAUAUCAAUCUUCUGGUUACUUGCAGAGAUGAUAGCAACCCAGUGAUUUCUGUGAGUCACUCUGAGGUCGAGACACCAGUUGAUUGUUAUUCAAACGGACAAGCAGCUUUGAUGGGGGAGAAAAAGCAUGAGGAGGAGACUGAUGAUAGAGAGAGACAUUUGAAAUUCAUAGAUUGGUUCUGUGGCUUUAAAAGUAAAAACAUGAACAAGAGAGCUGUUCGGGAGGUUGAGGAAGAGACUGUUUGUUUACAAAUGCUGGAAGAGACUCCAAAAGUUAAACUAUUACUAAAUACUGGACUGGUCUGUGUCUGUUCGCUUGGAAUAUUCAUGUUUGUCUAUUUCUCUUUGUGAGUGAAUAGUGAACUUUUAAGGGUAUGGCUAAACAUACAGAAGUUGAUACAGGUCUCUGGAGAUUGCUUGUUUGUUCUGUUUGUUUUGCUUUUCUUUUCUUUCCAAAUAACAUAACCGCAACCCAGGCAUUGUUUACGCUAUAAUUGUAAGAUCAACUCAACUUUAGCCUAUUUUGAGACCAUGUGAGACAUGUCCUAUCUCUGCUGAAGGCAGAACGUGUUGUGUGGUGUCUCUUUCUUUUUUCCCCUUUUGUCUUUCCCUUUUUCCAUUUGCAGUACUGUCCUUUUGCUUUUCCGUGUGUACGUGUAUAAAUAUACCAAAGGCAGGCAGGUGGCUGUGUUUGAAGUCAGGCCAUUACAGAGCUCAGUCAGCACUAAAGCGAAGAAACCACGUAAUCAUUUUCCAAUGUGUAAAAUUGAAAUGAUUAAAGCUGUGUCAAAGAUUUUUAAAUGUAGGGCUGUGAUGCACAUCGCUUUGUAGUUGUUCUUUGUAACAUAGCUGUAUUACCUUGGCCAACUUAGCACUUUCUAAUUUUCUCAGUGCUUCUAGUUAUUUAGGGUUUUGUUUUUUUUUUAUCCUAUGACAACAACAGGAAGAUACUUUGUCUCAUUUUGUAGCACUUAAAACAUGAUAGUUGUUAGUAGCCUUCUUGUUUUUUUGUUCUCUGUAAGAAAAUAUUUGUCUUGAUUUUUUGGCACUGUAAAAGUUCCUGUAUUGAAAAGAAAAAAAAAACCAAAAACCAACACAACAAAAACCAACAAACCAAGCCUGGAGCUGACAAACUUGCAUUGGAGGAGAAGGGGGUUGGGGAAGAAAAAAAAACCAAACCCUCUUUCUUUGGGUUUUUGGAGUAUACUGAAAUAAAAGACUAUUAUAUUUAACCUCCUAACCUUUAGCACAUAAUUAGGGUUAGCCUCUUAGAGCAAAAUCUGUAUGUACCACAUAGGAAGAAGGGAUGUGUGAGGCUGUCUUCACUUUGAUAAGCACAUAGAAAAAUAACUGUUCCUCUGCUGUGUACAUCUAGAAGGAGAUACUCUGCAGUCCCUGCUGUUGCUGCAUACCAAAUCUAUAAGGGGAUAAGAACAAGAGGGAAGGUGAGGAAGUGGGGAGAAAAAUGUGGAAGUGGUCCUUAUUUUUCAGAGUCCUUUUUCCUCAUGUUUUCUCCCAAUUCCCCUUUCACCCUGUCAGAUUUUUUUUUUUUAAGAAAUAGCUCCUGAGGGAUUCUUUGUCAGGAGAUAAGGAGGAUGUGCCAUCUUAAUCUGUGUCAGCAAUUGAGGUCUGCCCUUAAGAUUCUUGAAAAAAAGUGAAACUUUUCCCAGGUGAUCACAGAUGUUCAGUAAAUCUCAAGAUGCUCAGGUUCUUUUCUCCCAGAGGAUGGAUGCCUAAGGAAGGGGUGAACGGCUCCCAGGUAGGGAGGACCUGUGUGUACAGCAGAGUAGCAGGAUGUAGAGCUUGGGGCACUUCUCCCUUGGUAAAGCAGGAGACUGUGCUGCUGCCUGGGGAUAUUUCACCCUUACCCUAAACCAAGUCAGGUCCAGUUUUUGGGCACAGAGGUCAAGUGAUUCUGUGUGUGGCUGCACUUGUAGGAUUAAACUCUCUUACCCUCCAGGACAAGAGUGUUCAUACCCAGGCUUCCCAUGAAAAUGAUUCCUCCAGUUGUUGCUCCUCAGUUUGUCUUGAGACUUGUUUGGGAGAGGACAAACCAGCUAGGCCAAAAACAGUCUGAGGGACCAUGCUGGCAGUCUAGCAGCACUGAUUCAAGGGUCCAGUGAUGUUUCCUUGGCAUAGAAACAAGAACCAGUCCAAGUGGGUGAAAUAGUUCUGCAGAGAUGAAAUUUGGCUUUAAAAUCUUACCUUUGACUGCUAGAGAAAGUUUGCUUUCCAGUACAGUGGUGCUGUAAGCUGCAGGCUGUCCAAAUAGCUUUUAGUAAUACGAUGUAUUAUACAUGUCUUUUGGGUAAAAUGAUGAAGGUGGUUUUGAAAUUUUUUUUUUAGGUUUGGUGUUGUUUUUUAUAUUGAAUAAAUUGAUAGAAUCCCGUUCAUUCCAAGACUUUAACCAGAGGGUGACAUGCCCCACCUUUUUUCCACUUUGUUUAGUUGUUGCUGCUGGAAUGUAGACUACUCUUAACUGGAAAUACAGUAAAAAGUGUAGAAAUGGUAUUGCAAUACAUGAGAGGGGAGUUACUAUCCUGGAGUCUUGAUGUUAAUGCCAGUGUGGCAGACACAUUUUCUUAAAAUUUGUGUGUCUGGUUUUGUUGAGAAAAAUAAUUUAAAUCCUUUUUUUACCUUAAUGGUAAAACUGCAGUAUGUGAAAUAUCAGCAGACUGAGUUGGGAAGGACACUACUGUAAGAACUAUGUGAAAUGUAGUUAAUUGAUGCUAUGUGGGCUAAAGUAAUCUAGUAAUUUGAUUUUAGUGGGAUGAAAUAUAACAAUUUACAGGGGUAGAGAUAAAUCCUAGUCCAACAAUACCUUCUUAAAAAGGCUGAGGUCUGGCUAAUAUGCCUAAUUUGGCACAGAGAAAAAAAUCAAUGUAAAAGGCACUGUCCCUUAGUAACUUGAUAUGUUUUUCUAUCAGCAGCUGGUACUUGGGCUUUCCAGACCAGUCCUCCUUGCUCUCAAUAGUGACAAAUGCUCUUCAGCUUGGAGAAGAGGAGGAUGAGGGGUGACCUCAUUAAUGUUUAUGAAUACAUAAGGGAGAGAGCCAGGAGGAGGGUGCCAGGCUCUUCUCAGUUAUGCCCAAUGACAGGACAAAGGCAAUGGAUACAAGCUUGAGCAUAGGAGGUUCCAUAUAAACGUGAGGGGUAAUUUUUUCACUGUGAGGGUGACAGAGCACUGGCACAGGCUGCCCAGGGAGGCUGUGGAGUCUUCUCCCUGGAGUAAUUCAAAGCCCAGCUGGACACAUUUCUGUGUGACCUCCUGUAGGUGACCCUGCUCUGGCAGGGGGGUUGGACUCCAUGAUCUUUUGAGGUCCCUUCCAACCCCUAACUUGCUGUGAUUCUGUGAAAUGUGUUGCCACCUAACCUGUGAAGCCAGGUUAGCUCAGGGACCUUAUUGCUUGGCUGCCACUGCUUCAUCAGUGCUUGCUUUUUUCCCAGGGUGCCUUACGUGGUUAUGAAGCUGAAGGCAUGGCUUUUGUUACCACCUGAAGAGUGGGUUGCUUAUAAUGGCUUUUCCCAGGUUGUUUUUCCUCCUCUCUUCUCCCCCAACUCAUCUGCUAUUUAAAGAUAAUGCUGUUUGAAGAGUUAAAACACAGGAUGCCCAUGUCCUGUUUAGUAUAGCUACAGUCAGAACCAUGGUGGAAUUACCCUUCAGCUUGCGUAGAGUCACAGUCCUUUGCAAAUAUAGGGUGGAGCCUUUGACUGAAUCCAAAAUAAUUUUUGCUAAAAUAAUAAGUUCCCGUGUUAAUCACAGUGGUUACUGGCAGUCAGUCAGGAUCGUAGUAAAGUAAUUCUUCAAAUCCCCCCAUCUUUAGACCUGUUAUUGUAAAGAGGCUUUUAAACAAAUUAUUUCUCCAGUGCUUUUUUUCCCCUCACUUGUUUAAAAAUGUGUUUCUAUGAUACUCUCUGCCUAAUGCUGGCCUCUUCAGUUGCAUUCUGUUUUCAUGUCCUAGAGGUCAUAGAACUUGCUGAUACUCUUUGCUGCAAAUAACCACUUAAUGAAUGGCCUUUAUUAAAUGGGGAAAAAAAAAAAAAAGGCUUCAAGCAAACUGUCUGUUGGUGAGCAAGUACCUUGCCAGUGUUAUGGACCUUAGUAUAAGAAGCUUCUUGAGGAUUUUUUUUAUAGCGUAAACAUGCCUUUGCUAAUCUUCUGAUCAUGAUCUACUUGGGAGUGGUGUUAACCCACGUUAAUAUGUUUUGGUUUAAACACUGACUUUUUGGUCCAAUAAAAUUACAAAGUGUCUGCCAUAAUGAACUAUUAGUUUCAUAAAGUGUAAUGCCUGUCCUCUUCUUGGUGGAACUGGCUAGUUGUGCAGGACAUGUGCUUCUGUCUUGCAGAGACUGGUUUAUUUAUUGCCUUGAGCUUAGAAUGACAGUCUUGAAAAACCUGUUUUGGAAUGACACCUUUUUUCUUAUUUCCCUUAAGUUAUUUUUUUGUUAAGGUAUUUGAAUGUUCUCCCAGAAAAAUUGCCUUUUAUUUUUUAAAAAAGAAUAAUAAAUAUUUCUUGAGAGCUUGAUAGUACAUUCUGGGGGACUGUUCUUAUUUAAAUUUUUAAAAUGAAUUAUUUGAUGCUGUUUUCUGCCAAAGGUUAGGGUUUUUUCUUGUUUUUGUCAUCUUUCCUUUUAUCUUUUAAUAAUAACCUGAAAGGAAACGGUGAGAGAUUGUAUACAUUUAAAAUGGCCUUCAGUAUACCACUUGUGUAUUUUCUACUUCACUUCUGUGUUCCCCUUUUCACCCUAAUCCCAGAAGGGCCAGCAUGAGACUUCUGAAGCAAGUUAUGAGAGCACUGUAACUGAAAAGGGAAAAGGAUUUCCCUAAAGGUUAUGGUGGAGUGGGCAGAGCCAUUGAAGGACCUCUGUAUGAACACUUAAAGCAGAAGAUGCUUAAAUCUUUAAAACAUACAGCUUUAUUUUUUUUAUAUAUAUAUUUUUUUAAAUCCUAAGAUAAAGGAGGUGUUGGGAGAUGCUCCCUUUCAGGGAACAGGAUACAUGGAAGAAGUUGGAGUUGCUAAGCUCUAGCUUUCUUGAGGAAAUCUUUGGAUUUAGCAUGUAUAGCGAAGCAAAAAUACUCAUCUGUUAAUUUGGUAUUCUGUAUGUUCUGUGCCCUUAAAUGUAAUUGUUUUGAAAAUAAAACUAACCUUGUUAUGUGAUGUUAAAAAGCAGACUUGUGUGCAAUGUUUUAAAUUUUUUUAAGAAAAUGUUUGUAUAUAAUUAAAUGGUUUAUUGUGCUUUAUUUGGCCUAAGGUAAAGAGUAGUCCUAGAAUGUCAACAUAUAUAAGUAGGAUUUUUGAUUUCACUGUGAGAUCUCUGAACUCUCUUGUUUUGAAAAGUGGUUUGUUUUGUUUACAAAACACUUUCUAUUAUUUCUUUUAUGGUGUUGGUUUAAAGGCAUUUGCUUCACUUCUGUUCUAAUAUUGAAUUCAUGGUAUAGUGACAUCUGGUGACACUUAGCAUUAUCAGUUUCACUGUGUAAAGUCAGACACUUUGAGCAAAAAUGGUAAUGAUAUGACAAUUCUCUGUGUCUAUGAAUACACGUUUUUAAAUGAGGUGGUUAUAAAAAUAGUUGCUGUGCAAAAUGUUAGUAGUCUUCUUCAAGAAGAAAGCAAAUUUUCUAAUAUCACUAGAGCAGUCUCUUCAUUCAUCUUAUUUUUAAAGCACAGUGUCAAAGUGAUGCUGCUUUACCUUGUAUCUCUGAUAUAAUGUUUUUUUAGGUAUCUGUGAAGUAUUUUUGGGUUUUGUUGCUAUUGUAUUUUUCUGCAGAUUUUAUAUAAAAUACUAGUUAACGAACUGCCUUUUUUGUUUUUUUUAACUAUAUAACUAAAACACAUUUCAGACCAAAAUGAAAUUAUAUCAUAUAGCAUUUGAAACCUGCCUUUUUCCUUGUCCCUUGUUUGGGUUUCUUUUGUUUUUUGUGUUUUUUUUUCUUUUUUUUUUAAUAAGCCAAAUGGGCAUGUAGAUAAGAUCAUUAUAAUGGAACCAGAUCUCUUUUGGUAAAGUGUUAUUUAAAGGUCUGUUAAGAUCUUCUAAGACAAUAUACUGAAAAAAAUUUAUUGUAGUAGGAAUAUAGAGUUAGAAGUGUUAAUGAGAUUAAUACAGCUUAAUUAUAUUGUAAGUUGCUGCUGUCCAUAAUGACAAGCUUUUUGUCAUAGAAACGAUGUAUGAUAAAUUAAUUUUGGUCUAGUGUAUAGAAUGAUCAUAUUGCUAUAAAUCUUUGAAGUAAAUCUGAUGCAAAAUUUUCAUAGUUAGCAUUGCUGGCCCUGUGUAUACUGUUCUCUGUAUACUGUAUGCAUAUUAUUUCGCCUACUGCAUUAGUCUUCAAACUAAAACUCUUAUUAGAGAGUAUUUGGAUACUUCAGACUGUGUUUCUUGCAGUUUACAUUCCUUUAUCAUGGCAUUUUGUCCUGUCUAAAAGUAUUGUAUGGAAAUGUUUAAAACUUCUGUACAAAGUUUCAAUAAAAAUAGAGAAAAAAAAAAAAGCAACAAAAUAAGAAAAUA